GCGUGUGUGUGUGUGUGUGUGUGCGUGUGUUCAAAAAUGAGUGCCGACGAACAGGGGACGAAAUACACAUCACCAAAUGGCUCGAAGACUUGGGAGUAUUUGGCUAUUUUAACAUGUUCUAUUAUGAGCGGUUGCAUGGGAUUCGUCGUAGGAUGGAAUUCACCAAGCAUCGUAAUAUUAAUGUCCGAAGGCUCGCCUAUCCCGGUCACAGAAUCAUCCGUUUCCACGUUGGUGGCCAUCGUGGCUGUUGGACACAUGCUGGCACCCCUAAUUAAUACCAUGAUCGUUGAUAAAUUCGGCAGGAAGAAUACUCUGUUACUUAGCGGUUUACCGGUCAUCGUCAGUUGGAGUUUGAUCGUCAUCGCUUCGUCCAUUUGGGAACUGUACGCGGCGAGAUUUCUGGCGGGCAUAUCGCUAGGAUUAUUCAUCUGCGUCUUCCCGAUGUACAUUGGCGAGGUAUCAUCGCCAGACACACGAGGCAUCGGAGGCUCCAUGAUGACCAUCGUCUACAACAUCGGCAUCCUCCUGACAUUCAUAAUCGCUCCGUAUCUUUCGUUGUCCUCGAUGGCGGCAGCUUUCCUCGCCGUCAGCAUCGUCUUCGUGAUCGUGUUCUGGUUCAUGCCGGAGUCGCCGUACUUCCUGGCGAUGAGCAAUCGAACAGACGAGGCGGAGGAGGUGCUGGAGAGACUACGGGGGAAAGCCGACGUUUCCGAGGAGCUGCAGGCGAUCGUCGAGUCACUCUCGAGGAGCGAGAAGGAGUCGGCGAAGGGCAGAGGCCUGAGGGACGUAUUCGCGUCGAGGGCGAACUUGAAGGCGCUCCUCAGCAUAGCGAUGUUCUCCGCGACGCAGUAUUUCGGUGGUUUCUUCACGAUACAGGCAUACGGCCAGUUAAUAUUCAAAUCGAUCAGCAACGUAAUGUCCGACUACGUGAUAAACGUCGCGAUCGGCGUGACGCAGGUUGUUUCGACUGUCGUCACCACGUUGCUGGUCGACAAGUUUGGCCGCAGGCCGCUUAUACUCGUCGCUGGUGUCAGCUGCGCGAUUUCCAAUCUCGCGAUCGGACUCUACUUCUUCGCCGGCGAGUACGUGCACGUGGACGUGCUGUCGCUUUCCUGGAUACCGUUCGUUGCGUCCAUCGUGUUGGUCUUCAUGUUCAACUGUCUACUGUGCCUUCAGGUGAUCCUAAUGUCGGAGAUCUUCGCGACGGAGAUCAAGGCGAUCAGCACGUGCGCCGUCAGCAUGAUCGCCGGCUUUUUGGCCACGUUAGGCACCAAGCUCUACAUAUGGGUGGCGAUCACCUUGGCCUACGGUCAUUCGCUUCCUUUUCUAUUCUACGCUGCAGCCGUGGCGGCUUGCACGGCGAUUAUCUUGCGCGUCACGCCGGAAACGAGGGGCAAAACGUUCGCGGAGAUUCAACUGGAAUUGAAGAAGUGAUCAAUCCUUCUACUCUAGAGAUGAAUUGAACUUUGCAAUUAAUUACUUUUGCCUGAACUCGACGUUCACGCGCGAACCGGUUCCGGGAAGCGAUGAACGCGUCUACCGAGUCUGAAGAAUCUCUGCAAAAUUGGACAAAAUAGUAGUUUCCUGUUCCUUUGGGACGAUUGAAAAAAUUUAAUAAAUAAUUGAAUAUCAUAGAAAUUUUACACUACAUCGACGAUACUAUAUAACAUACAUAAUUUGUUAUAUCAUAUGUUGUUAUAUAUUAUACAAAGUACGAUCUUCAUUUCUUUUUUCUUUGUUUAGGAAAGUUCAAACUUCUUAAACAAUUAGCUACUAUUUAAUGCAAAAAAAAAAUUAAAUCUUUUAAAAUUACAAAUGGAGUUUUAUAUCGCAGUUUUGUUAAAUAAAGCAUGAACGAG